AUAAAAAGGAAUUCCUUUAGCCUUUGUAUCAGUGGUAUGGUAAUGAAAGAAAAAGGCAAAAUACACUUGUAUAGCCAAAACUUUCACGUUUUUGCCAACAAUAGCCACUUUUGAAAAAAUACCAAAUAUAGCCAAUUUCAUCCAAUUCUUUAACGGUGUUAUCAAACAUGCUGACUAGACUAACGUUUCUUGCUGAUGUGGCAAUUUUUUUGUCCAAAAUCAUACCAUGUGGAAAUGAUUAUUUUAUUAUUAUAAUUAACUUAAAAGUUAACUAAAAUCCUUCACCCCCCUCUGGUCUCUCUUCUCUCGCAUUUUCCCAUGUCCUUCUUCCUCUCUGUUUGCGACCAGGACAUAUUAAUUCUCAGGGCACCUCCUCGCCGUUCUCAACCUCCCUCUAUUCCCUGAGCAUCCGUCCCAACGCUUCCUCCUCGCCGUUCCGACCUCUCUCCGACGCCUCCUCACUUUCCUGACCUUUCUCCAGCCCCUCCUCACAGUUUUUCCCUCCGCUGAUCCACCGUCGAAACAGAGCUAGCCAUCGCAAAAUGGCAAUUCGAGCUCUCACGACGAGGCCGCCAGGGUGAAGAAGAAGUUGAGUUGCUCUCUUUGUAUUAUUUAGGGUUUUUUCGGGUUUGAAAUUGGGAUGGUUGAAUUUAGGGUUUUCUAUGGAUUUGAUUAAGAGUAUUAUUGUUGGGGGUUCUGCUUUCACAGUGCUCGAUUUGGGGGUUUUGUGGAUUGGGGGUUUUGUUGUUGGGGGUUCUUUAGCGAUGUUGGUUUAUUGGCAAGAGGGGAGAGUGAACCGAUUUUCAAGGACGGCGAGUUUGAAUCUGAAGGCUUGGGGGAUCUUCGACGAGUUCAAUCUGAGGGGCGAACACAAAGCGCUUUCGAAGAGGAAGGAGAUGAAGCGGUGGCGAAAUCUUCUCAACAACGGAGAUGGUGAUUUUUCCAGCGACUUACAGCUCUCGAUUCGUGGUGAUUCUGGUUUUUUCAAGCUCUCAAUUGAUGGGCGCUAGCCCGCAACUGAAGAUGGGUGUUAGGAAGUUGCCGAUUCAAAGGUCUGGAUUUGUGAUUUGUGGUUCUGGAUUUAAGAUUAUGGGUUCUGGGUUUGAAAUUUUGGUUAUGAGUUUAUUAAAGAUGGUGUUCUCUGUUCUUGAUUUUGUUUGUUUGGCUGGAGUAAUGGAAGGCGCCGGCUAGGGUUUUGGCCGAAAUUAAUUUGAAGAAGCUAGAAGAUGAAGUGUUAAAAGGCAAAAAAAAUAUUUAAAGAAAAUUAUGAGAUGGCAUCUACGUGGUAAGUGGGGUGAGUUGUCGUUGAUGUGUGUCGAUGUGGCAUCCUAGUCAGCAUAUUGUUAAUCUAACUAACGAUAUUUUUAACACCGUUAAAGUUUGUGACGGAAAUGGCUAGAUUUGGCAUACAAUCACCCCAAAUUGUGGCUAUAUCUGGUAUUUCUCUAAAAGUGGCUAUUAUUGUCACAAACGCGAAAGUUAUGGCUAUGAAAGUGUAUUUUGCCAAAGAAAAACGAAGGCAUAUAUCCAAACCAAAAGUCUGCCCUAGCUACCAAGAAACCAUACAGAAUGGUAACAAAUUUCAAGGCUGAGAUGGAGCUUUGGAAGGUGCAUGGAUGCUUCAAGAUGUUUGUUGACUAAAGCGACCCUUCCUUGGCCUAGCUAGACCCACAAACAAGAAAACAUAAUGGAACCAAUGAGUAAAACAAAAUAACAUGAAUAUCGAUACAAAGAAAAAGGAAAAUCCCAAGUACACUAUGUCUACUACCCCAUAUCAUACGUCUCUUGAUCUCUUAUGAUGAGUUUUCACCAUUAUUAUUGGUUUCAGAUUGAGCCCUCUCCCUAGCUAUAGUUAUUGCUCUAGAGAGUGACAUUUUUAACCUCAUGUGGACAUCUUUGGGGGUGAAUUACAUGAAUGAGAGCACUAUAAUUUUUGGUUGGUCGAAAAAUGGAUGAUUGAAGUUUGAGUUCUGACGAACUUGUCAUGAAAAAGUUUGAUACAACUAACACACAACGCAGUAGUUUCAUUUAAACUCAAAAGAUUUGUUUGUUCGAUUUGCUCAUAUAAACAUGUUGGUUCAUUCGAGUGAUUGAUAAUGAAAGAAAAAAGAUUGUAUCAAACUCUAUAACUAAUUCGAUAUCUUGUAAGACACAAAAUUCUAGAAAUGAAUUAGAGUGUUCUGGUUUAGAUCACGCAAAAGUUGAAAUAAAUCAUACAAAUUACAUAAUUAAAAUUCUUCUCCCAAUUUACAACAUUAAUUAUCCCUAAUUUCAGUAAAAAUUACUUAUUAUUGAACCUGUAUUUCUUGCAUCUUGAAUUUUGUAAAAUGUGAAAACAAGCUUAAGUAGUAAUUAAUAACAAAAGUCCACAUAGGUUACUUACAAUCCUAUGUGGGGUUCAUUGAGAAGAUUAAUUGUUUAUGGUGUUAGGGUUUCUCUUCCACAUCCAAAGCACUUGUGUGACAAUGACUUGACAUAACAUAACUACCCUUUCAAGUUCUUGGUUCUUUGUGUGCUUGUUGAUAGUAAUAUCCACUUCUUUUGGUGAGACUGCUUUUCCUAUCUAAAUGCAUGAUGUUUGUCUUUAACCUAACAAAAGCUCAUGCCCAUGCAAGCUCAUGUUUUUGUUUGAAAGCCCAACACUUAUAUGAAGACGAAUUUGAGCUUGCAUGAGCUAAGGUUUGUAACUAGAAUUUUUGUUUAGUUACUAUCAUACAAUAUACACUUCUUACUAUCUAUAAAAUUCUCCAUAUAUGUUGUUGCCAGUUGCCACAUAUUAGCAUAACCAAACUUUUAUCUUUAAUUGUACUAUAUGGAGAUGCCUUCACUGCAUGACACCAUAUCUACUCCAUUAUUGCCACGACUUGAUUGGAUUAGCUCGGGUGAUCACAACACAAGCUACUUCCAGCGCGAACGAUCCAACGCCGACCACACUACACAUUAACUUGUGUCACACUACGAUGUAUCAUACGAAGAAAAGAUUGAAAAAGUA